GCAACAUCGAAACAAAAUGGCAAAAAUCGUCCUCUUCUUCUGCGCUAUCAUUUUGGCAUCAGCUGUUGCUUUACCAAGCAAGUCAGAUGACGAAAAUUUGAUCGACAUCGUCAAAAAGGUCGUCCACAAGAUUGAAGACCUUCUCGACAAAGUUUUUGCCGAUGGUCCCAAUUUCAUCGACACUUUCGCCGACAAGUAUGACGAGGACCUUACUAAAGUGCUAGAUUAUACAAGGACCGUUCUUACUAAACUGGUUGAAGCACUUAAACCUCUUGUAGAUAAUAUUGCUGCACAAAGUACUGACGCUGGAAAAAAAUUGGUUUCUUGUAUCGAACAACACGAAUCUGACAUCGUCGACAUCCGUGUCACUUUCGUAGAAGGCGCUGGCAAAUGUGUAAAAGACAGCCUCGUCGCUUUGGUUAAGACUGUCGCACCUGUGCUUAAAGAUCUAUCUGGUGUCCACGACCAGGCCAAAGAAGCCGCUAACGAAAUUGACCAAUGCCAAGGAAAUGAUGCACAAACUCUCCUCUGCGUUGUUCAGGUCGCCUCUGAUUUAAUCAAAGUUUUAACUGAGAUUCCCGAUGCUGUGAAAGGCGAUAUCCAACCCGUCAUUGAUGCCGCUAAAGCCAUUGCUUCAUCAGGUAAGCAGUGCGUCGUCGAUCAAAUACAACCUUUCUACGUUAACGCCGGAAACCUUUUGGGUGAAGUUGUUAGCUGUGCUGCUGCCUAAAUUAUAAGAAUAUGUUAAAAUAUUUUAGUAAUAAAUAA